AUGAUUGAGUCAAAGCCUUCAUCAAACACCCUGGAAGACUUCCUCGGAGAAGAUAUGGAGGACUAUGUGAGUGACACCGCUGCCUCGAGCAUCUGCGACCACCCUCCAGAUACUCCACCGGCGCGUGAGACCACGCGCAUCGCUCCGAAUCCAUUCGUAAAACGCAAUGAGGUACCUUCACCCAUUGCACAGAAAACAGCCGUCGACCCUGCGUCGGGUAUGUUGCACAACACUCUCGAUGAAGACGAAGCACAACAUCUUCAGUCGGUCGAUGAUCGCAGGCGCCAACCACAAAUUGUAGCCACAGCCGAUGCUCACAGUGGCUACCUCUUCACUCCACUGACUGUAGGUGAGCGUAUUCGUCAGACUGCCGGGCAGUCACUCGCAACGUGGAUCACCGGUUUCAAGGCUUUCACAGCCACAGCACUAGUGGAGAGGGAUGUUCUUAGAGCGAGAUACUUGGGGGUCUAG